AUGGACGAAAUGGAUUGGUUCCUACUUAAAGGUCUCCGGAAGGGGAAAAAUGGCACUCCUAUGGCGCAGAAUAGGGCAUUUGUGUGGGUGUUGUUUGGAAACGCGAUUUCUUCGCAAAAACAUCCUGAUUCUAUCUCGACGCUUUAUUGUGACACCCAGCUAACGCAACUCAUCACAAGGUUUUGGGAACUCGAGGAGUUGCAGCCAAAGAAGCAUUAUACGUCCGUACGUUACUGCGAGAAGCUGGUCGAAGAUACCACCAAACGAGCAGGAGACGGUCGCUUCAUUGUACGCUUGCCUCUUAAAAAAGAGGUUCCGAUUGGUGAAUCGAGGGCCGCAGCAGUUCGAGCUUUGCUGCGAAUGGAAAGGAUAUUCGCCGCGAGCAAAGGUCUUCAUGAAGAGUACAGCAAGUUCAUGCAAGAGCUUAUAGACUUGGGUCACAUGGAGCCAGCCGGUCCAGUUACUCAAGCCACUUACUACAUACCGCAUCACGCAGUGGUCAGAGAAACGAGUACCACAUCCAGCUAUUCACUGAACGACGCUCUAAUGGUAGGCCCUCGGCUGCAACAAGAUCUGUUCUCGAUUUUGGUGCGCUUCCGCACCAUCGCUACGGUCUUAUUGCUGACAUCGAGAAAAUGUAUCGGCAGGUCUACGUUGCUGAGCAGGAUGAUGAUUAUCAACGUAUUGUAUGGCGUGGAUGUUCUUCAGAGCCAUUGCGUGACUACCGUCUUUUAA